UUCUGUUCAGAUUGACACAACCAGCCACCAAAUAUACAACGUUUGCAUACGAAUAUUUACCGUGGUUAAGUUUAUUUCUAUUUUUUAUCGAAUUCUGUAUUGUGGUUGAGAUUGAAAUUAUGGCAGAUAACAAGCGAACAGUUUAUGUUGGUGGAUUGAGUGACGACGUAAGCGAACAAUUGGUCUCUGAUGCUUUCAUCCCAUUCGGUGAUAUUGUUGAAAUUCAGAUGCCGGUGGAUUACGAAUCACAGAAACACCGUGGUUUUGCAUUUGUUGAAUUUGAAACAGCGGAAGAUGCUGCCGCCGCUAUUGAUAAUAUGAAUGACGCCGAGUUGAUGGGUCGAACGAUUCGAUGUAACAUAGCUAAGCCACAACGAGUAAAAGAAGGUAGCACACGACCAGUUUGGGCCAGUGACGAGUGGUUGCAAAAGUAUUCCGGUGCAACGCUCACUGUUGACAAAGAAACGGAACAAAAGACCAGCGAAAAACCCACCGAAAAUGGUUCGAACGAAAAAGAAGCGCCACAAGCUGAAAAAAUUGCCACAACUACCGAACCGAAUGAAGGUGAAAGUAAUGAGCCGAAACGUAAUCCACAGGUUUACUUCGACAUUCGCAUCGGAUCUCAUGAUGCUGGCCGUAUUGUCAUGCUACUUCGUGCUGAUAUCGUACCGAAAACCGCCGAGAAUUUCCGUCAAUUAUGCACUCACGAACAGGGUUUCGGAUACAAAGGCAGCUCUUUUCAUCGGGUCAUACCAGAUUUUAUGUGCCAAGGUGGUGACUUCACAAACAACAAUGGAACCGGUGGCAAAUCUAUUUAUGGUAAAAAAUUUGCCGACGAAAAUUUCAUAUUGAAGCAUGGGAAUUUUGGUUCGCUUUCCAUGGCCAAUUCGGGACAAAACACAAACGGAUCACAGUUUUUCAUUACAACGACCAAAACGGAUUGGCUCGAUGGCAAACAUGUUGUGUUUGGCCAUGUCAUCUCCGGCGCCGAUGUUGUACGAAAAAUCGAAAAAGUUGGCAGCAAAAGUGGAUCACCAGCACAAAAAGUGACAAUUUCAUCAUGUGGCGAAUUAAAAUAAUAUUGAAAAUCAUAUUCAUCAACACAAAAUAUCUUGUACAAAAGAAAAAAAAAACCUCUUUAUUUCCCUACCCAUUAAACGCAUUUAAGUAACAACAUUAA